GAAUUUGGCCAACAAACGGAGAACCUGUUGUUCGCGAACGAGUGUGGUCAGGGAAUGUAGGCACGCCGUGAACGUGAAUGCCAUCAUGAACGCCAAAAGAAAUCCGCAGCAUGUGUCAGAUUCGUACAACGGAGAUACUAUAGGAAGAGACAGUCCGUCAGCAUUGUUGGAGGUACUCGCAGAGGUUGCUUCGCAAACAUUGCACUCCGAGAAGAAACAUAUUAACUCAAUGCUGACGCUGCAAUACAAGCCGAAAACAGCGAGUGUGAAACGGAAAGAGUCAUGCUUUACUGUACCUCAGCUCGCGUCCAUGUCGGUUUCACAUCUCGUUAAGCAAUUUGCCGUUUUUACAAGCGACGAGCUCAAAAGACAAUAUUCCUACACCUGCGCGUUAGUGCCUGGUUGCCAUCAGACGUAUACCAGUUUUGCUAGCGAGGAAAAGGCUAGGGUGUGCAUUAAAAAUCACCUGGAGGAGCAUUUAGAACACCUGAAAGCAGAUAAAGAGACUUAUGAUACAUUUACAGCGAAAAGUAUAAACCAUAAGAAUUUGAGGACUAAUCUGCAAAGUAAGAAAAGUCGGAUACAACAGAUAAAGAAACCUCAAGAAACGUUAAAUAAGGAGAACAAAGAUGUGAUAUUGGAAAAACCCAAUUAUUUACGUAAAAUACACUUGAACGAUAUUAACAUUAAAGAGAACGAGAAGCAGAAAUGUUUUCAGAGAUCGGAAAAGGAGGGAGCGCACGAUACUGAAUUAAAGAAUUCUGAGCAAAUAGAUAUUAAGGUUCUCGGCGAUCAUAGUUAUUCUGAACGAUUGGAUGACGAGUUGCCUAAUAGGAGAGAAACGUCUCAUGAUGUCCCUGAUAAUACAACGGGAGAAGAAAAUAUUGUGUUUAUGGUCGUUGGUACCGAUAGUGUACACAUGAAAGAGUACUCUCACGUUCAUCAGAAAUUAGCUGAAAGUUCUCAAGAUUCUAAUAUUGUUUAUUCACCAGAUAAAACUGAAGUCAGCACGGAAUCAAAUGUAGAGGUAUCUACGACUACCAAGCCUAAAGGAAAAGCAAAGUUUAUUGGCACGAGCAAGGAAGAGAGGGAAAUGGCACUAGCAUAUAUAGAACGUAUUAAAAAGAAGGGUAAUCCUACAGGAAACAAUCUUCAAUGUCGCAUCUGCGACCCACCUCGUAGUUUCACAGCGCCUACAACUUUAGUCUCCCAUUAUCGGAGUCACGCUGGAAUAAAGCCGUAUGAGUGUUUGAUGUGCAAAGCAGUUUUUACAAGAAGGCACAGCUUGAAGUACCAUAUGUUGAUUCAUGAAAAUCAAACGCGCUUUACGUGCAAAGAUUGUGGAAAGAAGUUCAGGCAUCCGUCUCACUUUAGAGAGCAUCAACGUAGGCACACUGGAGAAGCGCCGUUCGGAUGUGAUGACUGUGGGCAACGGUUCAAAACCAGGAACACUUACAAACGUCAUUUAAAAACACGACACAAUAAAAUUCUCACCACACUUGGUGAAGUCUUGCAUCCACCGGAAGAAGACGUUAAAAAAGUUCGGACUAAUCGAAAAAGAAAGGAUUGCACCGUAGAAGUUGCGAUGAGUGUCGAUGACAUCACGUCCGAUGCAAUUGUAAAGUUUACAAACCAUGACGAAACUCAAGUUAUUACAAAUACAGUAAAGGAGUAUGUUCUGAAAGAGGAUAUCGAUAGUAACAGAAAUUGGGAGACGAACAAUAUAAUACAGAUUGAUAAAUUUGGGAGUUUUGAGAUUUGUUCGGAAUCUCAAUUGAAUAAGACUGAUGGUAUAGAGACUGAAAUAGCUGUAGAUUGUAAAUAUCCCGAUAGGGAGAACAGUAAUGUCAAUGUCGAAUGUAUUAACGGUAUAGGAGAUGGCCUGCUGCAAUUAAAAGAUCCUUUUUACGAUAACUUAAGAGUAACUAAUAAUGAGGAAAAUCAUGUUGUCUAUCAGCAUAAUAUCGAAGAUCAGGAUAAGAUUUACGAGUGUAGUAAUGAAACGAGAAAUGAAUGCGAAGUGAAUGGUAGAAACGAGACACAGAAUGAAGAAAAAGAAGAUGUAAUGGAGAUAAACGCAGAUUUUCCAGAAGAACAAGACGAAAGCAAUUUACAAGUGUGGGAUAAAUCUACGCAUGAUUAUCAGAAGGAAAUAUGCAACAAUAAUACACAAGAAAGAAACACAACAUGCAAACAUUUAAGAACAGAGCAAACAGAAGCUGCAAGUUCCAAUAAAAAUGAUCAAAAAUAUGAUGUACACGUCAUUACGCAGAACGAUGUCACGAGUGAAAAAUCUACAAAAUCUGAUAAUUUCGAUAUUGAAAAUAAAGAGUAUCCAGGAAAUAACAUCUGUGCGCAGAUUAUAUACGCAAAUAUUAAUAUCUCGCAGUCAUUGAAUGAAGAUAGCGAAGAGAGUAUUCCAGAAAAUCAAAAUAUAUUGCAAGAAAAUGAAUGUAUAACUCAGUCUGUUGCGACAGAUGUGGUAGAAAUAUUAAAUGUUUCUCCGAAAGAUUCUGUCGAGGCGAAUCAGGAAACCGAUCAACAACAAAAUAAUCAGUAUUUAUACGUCCGUUCCGAAGAGUUAAGUAAAUUAAUCGCUCAGAAUAAAUACGUAACCAUACCGCUACAUCAGAUCAAGUUGUGUCGCGAACAUGGAUUGCAAGCGAAGGUGGACAACCAGAAAUCGAUAUAUAUCAUAAAUGAGGAUAUACGAACAAUUAUAAAGCAAUCUGACAAACAAAAUACGAUUUUAGUUUUAUCUAGCGAUAGUUUCAAGAGUAGCAUUUUUCAAAUUGACAAGAAUAGUAUUAUUGUCAAAGCUCUGAAGAGAUAGAUCGAUGCAAAGUAAUAAUAUUUGUAUAAUAAGAUAUGUAAAGUUUAACGUUGAUUACAUUCAAAAUAUAUUUUGUAACAUAGCAAUGCGCUCUAAUAGACACAAUCGAUUGAUUGAAGUACAUAUGCAAUAAUCGUUGUAACACAUAUAAUAAUCUUAAAAGGAAAGAAAUAACACAGCAUAAUGCUACACGUUUUUUGCUUGUAUAAAUAUUUAGAAAGCAAAACCAAAUAGAUGUAAUCGUGUUUCUCAUUUUUAUUACGAGAUAUAAUUAACUACGAUAUAAUUAACUUAAGAAAAAGAAGUGACGGACUAAUGAAAAUAUCCUUGUCGAUUUGACGUUACAGUUUAAGAGAUUAUUUUUAUAUCUAAGUUUUUAAAAUAUUAUUAUAAUAUUAGAAUAAUCUUAUAAUAAUGUUAUUAUGAAAUGUGUGAACAAUCAUAAUAAUGUUAUUAUGAACUGUGGUUAUGAGCUUGUAUUGCUUGCAAUAAUUACCUGCAUUUAUUAAAUUUCCAAGUUUAAUAAUCAAAUUGAUAUUCAAAAUUAAAUUUUACAAUCUUCAAUUUCGUUCUUGACAUGUACGGAAAAUAAAUUUAUGCAGUUUAUUUGUAGUUUCACAUCUAUUACUUUUAUUAGAUGUGGUCCUACUAACUUAUAUUUAUUUAGCAAUCAUAAAAAAAUAUGAAAAUAUGGUAAAGUGCCAAAUGUAAGAAAGUAUGUUUCAGCUAUAUAAUCUUGAUUUAGUUUCAUAUAAAAUUUUCCACUUUUUUAAGAUUGUGGAGGGUCGUAAAUGUACUGCUAUAUAAUUUAUUUUUAUAACAAUUUUAUUGAAGCUUUUUAUCUCUGCUGUCUUUAAAAU